UUUGUUGCUUUGCAGAUUGCUGCACAGUGCAGAUGGUUCUCCAAUUUUCUGAAAACAGCUGCGCAUGCAUUCCAGGCAGAGAUAAGCUGAUGUUGCCUGCAGUGUGAGCAGAGGAGGAGCUGCAGGGCCAAGAGGCAUCGCCUUUUAGCAUGGGCUCUUGAGCACUCAGGCUCUGCACCCUCUGGUUUGAGGGUUUCAGCCUGCAGAUUUCAACCUACACAUCCCACACCUUGUCCUGGGGCACAAACAGACGAUCAAGCAACGUGUUUGAACCUUGCUAUCAGUAUUAACAUAGCCAUUUAUAGUAUAAAGAGCUAAAUUACCUUCAGGAAGGGAUGGAAAAUGCUUCCCUCCCUUAACAUUAUACACUCAGCAUUAGAACUUACUUUAGUAAUUGGGAAUCCUUUCAUAAUGCAAAAAAUGAAAAAGAUUACCCUCAAGUUAGCUAAGAGUUACUUCUUAUCUACCAAGCAUUACCUGCUUUGAAAAAAAUGUAGGCCGAUAACUACAGGAGCAAUAAUUAAAUUAGCUCUUUCAGGAGGGAAAAAAAACCAUGAAGGAAGAACACUGCAGAGGGAAGUGUGUGACAGGUGGUGAGAAGAGAGGGGAUGUGGCUUCAGUUAGUUGUGGGCAGCCUUUUGCAGGUGACUUUUGCCCGCAAAAGUGUUGUUUCUGAGACAGGCUUGUGAGGUGUGAUCUUAUUUCUUAAGACAUCAGGCUCUUGCUGACUUCUGGUGCUCAGCAGGUCUACAACUGAGGCUUGCUACAAGGAUACAUUUGGUAUUAUUCUUCUUGUCAACUCAUCCUGUGCCAGUCAACUUGGAAACCUUGCCAUGGAUUUUCUGUGAAGUCUGUCUUCUCUUAGCUGGCCUGGCUGCCUGCAGUAUGUGCUUGGCAUGGCUAUAGCUUUAUUCGCAGCUGCAGCAGGCAGCCUUCAGGGGGAGUUUUGAUCAGUUAUUUCCUGCAGCUGGCUCGGACUGGCAGUAGGGCCAGCCUGUGCUCUUCCCUUGUGCUGUUCUGUUCUACAAGCCGCAGUAACAGGGAGCGGCUCUUUGAUUCCUUACUGCUCUCCACAGAUGGAGAGACUGCACUGAGUCAAGUGUUCUGCAUGGAUUAAUGGGUAAAUAAGAGAGUUUCCUAUCAAAGGUCAAGUCUGUCUAAACUGGUGAAGCUUACCAGAAUAGAAACGAGGAAUUGUGGACCCUGCUUUUCAGCUCCCCAGGACGUGCCAGGGUGAGGAAGAUGACAAGUAGCUUGGCUGUGACACUGCUGGCAAUGAAUUAGAGGCGUGAUGGUUCCCUGAAGUGUCACCAGCGUGUUUAAGAUGCCAAAGUGAUCUUCCAACUGUUGCAAACACGUUUUAACUGCCUGCGAUCCUGGAUUUCAGCCCUUCUGCUCCUUGACUUCUGUUUCUUGGGUUGGAAGGGACUUAAAGAUCAUUUGUUCAGCCGAAUGCCGUGUUGUGCAGAUCUCUGUGAGUGUACAGGAGAUCAGCCACAACCUGGGCGUGUGCUACAUGUACCUGAAACAUUUCAACAAGGCACGAGACCAGCUAAACAAUGCCCUGGAGAUGAACAGACAUGAUCUGACUUACAUGAUGCUGGGAAAAAUUCACCUCUUGGAGGGGGAGACUGAGAAAGCCAUUGAAGUCUAUAAGAAAGCAAUAGAAUUUUCUCCAGAAAAUACGGAGCUCCUUACGAAACUGGGGUUAAUUUACUUGCAGCUUGGCGAUUACCAGAAGGCUUUUGAACACCUUGGAAAGGCGCUCACUUACGACCAGGGCAACUACAAGGCUACGUUGGCAGCUGGCAGCAUGAUGCAGGCCCACGGAGAUUAUGACGUUGCACUGUCCAAAUACAGGGCAGUGGCCAGCAGCAUGCCUGAAAGCCCUCCCUUGUGGAACAACAUUGGGAUGUGCUUCUUUGGCAAGAAGAAAUACGUCGCUGCUAUCAGUUGCUUGAAGCGGGCGAACUACCUGGCUCCUUUUGACUGGAAGAUUCUGUACAAUUUGGGCUUAGUCCACCUCACAAUGCAGCAGUACGCAUCUGCUUUCCACUUCCUCAGUGCUGCCAUCAACUUCCAGCCCAAGAUGGGAGAGCUGUAUAUGCUCCUUGCAGUUGCUCUGACAAACCUUGAAGACAUUGAGAAUGCAAAACGUUCCUAUGAGCAAGCUGUGGCAUUGGACAGGUGCAAUCCCCUCGUCAACCUGAACUAUGCCGUGCUGCUGUAUAACCACGGCGACAAGCAGGGGGCCCUCUGCCAGUACCAGGAGAUGGAGAAGAAGGUCGUUGCACUGAAGGAGAGCAGCACUCUGGAUUUUGACCCCGAGAUGGUGGAGGUUGCCCAAAAGAUGGGAACUGCCCUGCAGGUCGGGGAGAGCCAAGUCUGGACAAGGCCUGCUAAAGAGUCUAAAUCCAAGCAGCGAGCUGCUCCGUCAGGGAAGCCAUUGGGCUCCAACCAGGCCUUGGGUCAAGCCAUGUCCUCAGCUGCUGGCUAUGGGAAAAGCAUGCAGCUUCCAUCAGGUGCCGGAGCAUCCACUCCCCUCGCAAAGCCUCCCUCACUGCCCCUGGAACCAGAGCCAGGCCCACAGGUGACCUCAGCGCCAGCAGAGGCCGAGGAGCAGCGGCAGGAGAAGCACAAGAGCUGUCAGGCCGCAGAGUAGGAUGGGCAGGCGUGGGCCUGACCUGCAGGCCAGGGGACCCGGCCUCCUGUGACCUGGAGUGGCUUCAUCCUGCUGUCAGUUAGCGUAGAGCUGGCGUUUCUGUCAGUGAUUUUAGCACGAGGUCUCUGCCUGGUCCCGGGAGUCACUGAGGCAAUCAGCAGAGGACACUGCGUGGCUGCUGCGAGUGCAGUCACACCUUGCUUCCUCAGGAGUGGGGAGGAUGGCGGCUCAGCAGGGAGUGUGCAGCGGCACAGGAGUCAGCCAGUCCUAAAUUCCAAGUUCUUUGCUGAGAAACAGGGUGAAUGAGGCUCAGUGAAGCCCUGUGCUCCUGUGAUUGAAGUUGUUCCUUUAGAAUUAGUAUUGCCCAGCAUGGGGGAAAGGUUGGUUUCUGGGGAAAAUAAAGAUCUUUUCUGAGAA